UUAUACACGCGUUUUGUCCGUUGUCAUCUCCAGUUUUUUUCUCGUCGUACUACACGUUUAUCGUUUUCUUACGAUCGCGUUCACACGUGUAUGUGUGUGUGUGUGUAUCGUGCAACAACACGGUGACAUAUACAACUCCAUCAUGAUCAGCGUAUUCAGCACGGUCGUGAAGAACUCGCGGCUACUGAAGGUCCGACUGGUGGCCAUCGACAACUCCGCGUUCCGCGUCCACUAUCGGUUAACUUUCGCGCUACUGCUGGCGUGCACCACGCUGGUGUGCAGUCGCCAGUACAUUGGUGAACAUAUCCGGUGCAUGUCGACCGGCGUGAAGGAAAAUGUGAUCGAAACGUUCUGCUUUUUCACCACCACGUACACGUUGCCCAACGUGCCCAGCUCGGUGAAGCCAGGCGUGGGCCCGCCACGAUUGAACUCAAAGAAGGUGUACCACGCUUACUACCAGUGGGUGCCAUUCGUGCUGUUCGGUCAGGCACUGCUGUUCUACCUGCCGCACUUGGUAUGGCGCACGUAUGAGGCGGGCACCAUUAAGCUGCUGGUCAACGGGCUGCAACGGCUGUACCUGAAGCCGGAUGGCGACCAGGACAUGGUGGCGGGCUCGUUAAUGAUCCCGUCCGAGGCGACGCGGUGGGCCAAGGUCCGCGACGUAUUGAACCACCUGGACAUGGUGACGCGGUUCCGGAUGAACCGCAUGUGGGCAGUGGUGCUGAUCGGUUGCGAGGCUCUCAACUUGGUCAACGUGCUGCUGCAGAUGGUGUUGAUGAACGCGUUCCUGGACGGCCAGUUUUACACGUACGGACUGACCGCGCUCUUCGACAACGACGUCACGUUCGACCGCGUGUUCCCCAAGAUGACCAAAUGCGACUUCCACAAGUACGGGCCGUCCGGUACGUUGCAGACCCACGACGCCUUGUGCGUGAUGGCGCUGAACAUUAUCAACGAGAAGAUCUACAUGGUGCUGUGGUACUGGUUCGUGGUCGUGCUGAUCCCGGUCAGCGUGGCCGCGCUCCUGUGGCGCAUUUUCCAGUACGCGAUGCACUCGUUCGAAUGGUUCAACCGGCUGCUGCUGCGCGAAGCGUCGCCAGGCAUCCGCAUCGAUGACGUUGACCUGGCCGUGAUCGCGCACCAGACCACGUACUCCGAUUGGUUGUUCAUCUACUACCUGUCCUGCAACAUGGACGGCGCCGUUUUUCGCGAUCUGCUGCACAGCUACGCCAAGGGGUUGCGCAAGGAGCCAAGAUCGUCGUCCAUCGACGACUCGACUGAAACGCCCAUCUAAACCGUCGUACGUCCGCCCGCCCGUCAUCGAAUCCGACCGCACCACAUAACUGCAGAGUAUAUAUAUAAUAUUAUUGUAGCUCAUUUGAUUUUUAACCCGCGGACACUGUAAGAUCGAUUGAUUUUGUAAUUUUGUAAUUUUCUCGUUUACU